AACAUUAAUUAUCAUCAAUAUAAAAUUUAGACUUGAAUUUGUUUCAUCGUCACAUUCAUUACUUUGAGACAACGAUAUGUCAAAUGACGAUGAGCCAUCUGGUCCUCAGUAUGAAGAUUUUGAGCCAUGCUUUGAGUGGCAAGGAGAUAAUAAAAAUAAGCUGGUCAUUUAUCUUCCAGGAUUUUCAACGAUAAGCUUAGCCAUUAAAAGAACUGCACCAUGCAAGUUCAUAGUUAGCGGCAUAUGCAAAGUUGAAAACAAUAAAUUCAAACGGUUCGAACACGAAUUCACUACUCCGAAAGACGACUUUAUGAUGGAAGAAAUCGAUAUGAGGUUCAAAGAUGAACUCUUCACCAUAACUAUGCCUACAAUGCAAACCAAGAAACACAACCAACUCCAUGAUGAUCAAAUGCAAAACAAGGAGGAGAAACCAAAAACCCUAGAGAAGCCACAUUUGGCUCAUCAUCAUCAUAAUCAUCAUCAUGAUGAAAACCCACUUCCAAAGUUUGCCCAAAAAUGCCAUAUUGAGCCAUCAUAUGAUGAAGCCAAGCAGUUGGUGGUGAAUGUUGUGGUAGCUGGGCUUGUUAUUGUAGCUCUUGGGGCUUAUAUAUUGAUCACCAAGUGAAUAUCAAAAUAAAAAUAAUUAUAUAAAAAAACUUCCAAUUAUUUAUAUAUCAUAUAUAUGUAGAAAAAAUGUUGCAUAUAUUGUGAUGCCAGGGGUGUAAAUUAAAUGAUUCUAAUUAUUAGGGUGUGGCAUAAGCAAGUUUCUUUUUCGUAAAAGUUCCUUUUGUGUUGAAUAUGUUGAAGUUAAUUAAAAUAUAUAACCAAUGACCUU